GUUAUCCCUACUAGGAGGAACCGAAGACAGAAUACUGGCUGGCUGGCCCUCCCAGCGCUCGCAGGCGCGCCAUGUUCGUCCUCCGAAGCGGCCUGACUAGAGCUCUGGCUGCGCGGACGCUCGCGCCUCAGGUGCACUCAUCUUUUGCUACGGGCCCAAGACAAUAUGAUGGAACAUUCUAUGAAUUUUGUACUUAUUAUUUUAAGCCCUCAAAGAUGAAUGAGUUUCUGGAAAACCUUAAGAAAAACAUACAUCUUCGGGCAGCUCACUCUGAAUUGGUUGGAUCCUGGAGUGUAGAAUUUGGAGGCAAAAUGAAUAAAGUGUUUCAUAUUUGGAAGUAUGAUAAUUUUGCUCACCGAACUGAAGUUCGGAAAGCCCUGGCCAAAAAUAAAGAUUGGCAACAAUUUCUCAUUCCAAAUCUGGCUCUCAUAGAUGAACAAGAGUUUGAGAUUACUUACCUGGUGCCAUGGUGCAAAUUAGAAAAGCCUGCAAAAGAAGGAGUCUAUGAGCUGGUUAUUUUUCAGAUGAAACCAGGUGGGCCAGCUCUGUGGGGUGACGCAUUUAGAAGGGCACUUAACGCCCAUGUGGAUCUAGGCUACUCAAAACUAGUCGGAGUUUUCCACACAGAAUAUGGAGCACUCAACAGAGUUCAUGUUCUUUGGUGGAAUGAGAGUGCAGACAGUCGUGCAGCUGGGAGACAUCAGUCUCAUGAGGAUCCCAGAGUUGUGGCAGCUGUUCGGGAGAGUGUCAAUUACCUCGUGUCUCAACAGAAUAUGCUUCUGCUUCCUACGUCAUUUUCACCUUUGAAAUAGUUUUCCACUGAAAGACAGUUUUGCAUUAACUGCUAUAAGGUGUGUCUGCUAAUGGUGCUUAAAUUCUCCCAAGAGAUUCUUUUAUUUGGAAGAUGGUAAGUGAAUUUGCUAGGUCUCUGCACUUUUAAAGCUACCUCUACCUCCAUCUUUUCCUUUCCACUUCAGGAAAUAGUUCUGUUCAUUUUCCCUUUGGCAUUUCUGUGUCUGUUACACAUUAGAAAUACUUGCCACUA